AUGCAUUGCCACUUUACCACCAGGCCAGCAAGCACACCAUGGCGCCUCACCCCAAGCUUUAUCGUUUAUCCGGUCCCCACACCAUGGCUCUCAGUCUCCUCCACCUAGCCUUAUUAACAACAAUGGCCUCAUCACUGCUCACGCCGGCACCGCCCGCGCUCGUCUCGGCAUCCAACGCCACGGCCACCGACCUCUCGGCCCUCCUCGCGUUCAAGCACAGGCUUUCCGACCCUGGCGACGUCCUCCGCGGCAACUGGACGCCCGGCACGCCCUACUGCGGCUGGGUCGGCGUCUCCUGCGGCCACCGCCACAGGCAGCGCGUCACGGCUCUGGCGCUCGCUCCCCGGCGUGCGGCUCGCCGGUGGCCUGGCUCCCGAGCUCGGCAACCUGUCUUUCCUCUCCAGCCUUAACCUCAGCGGCACCGAGCUCACGGGGAACAUCCCAGCUAGUCUCGGGAAGCUGCCACGCCUACUCUCCCUCGAUCUCUCCAACAAUUACCUGUCGGGCGCCGUCCCAGCCACGCUCGGCAACCUCACCGCGCUUGGGAUCCUCAGCCUCGACUCCAACAACCUCACCGGUGAAGUCCCACACGAGCUGUCCAAUCUGCGGAGCGUUGGCUUCCUUACCCUGAGUAGGAAUGACUUGAGCGGGCCGCUGGCCCAGGGCCUGUUCAACGGGACGUCGUCGACUCAGCUGAGCUUCCUCAGCCUGGCACACAACAGCCUGACCGGGGACAUCCCUAGCGCCAUUGCUUCCUUGCAAAACCUCCAGGUCCUCGAGCUGUCGGGGAACCAGCUCUCGGGGCAGAUCCCGUCCUCACUGUUCAACAUGUCCAGCCUGCUAGGCCUGUACCUCUCCCGGAACCACCUCUCGGGGCCGGUGCCAGACAACCAGAGCUUUAACCUCCCUUUGCUGGAACGCGUGUACCUCAGCAAAAACGAGCUCACCGGCACGGUGCCGCCAGGCUUUGGGACGUGCAAGUACCUGCAGCAGCUCGUUCUGCCAUACAACCGCUUCACCGGCGGGAUACCGCCGUGGCUGUCAACCCUGCCGGAGCUGACGUGGAUCUCCCUAGGUGGCAACGACCUCUCCGGCGAGAUCCCCGCCGUCCUGAGCAACAUUACCGGCCUCACCGUACUAGACUUCACCACGAGCAGGCUGCAUGGGGAGAUCCCGCCGGAGCUGGGCCGCUUGGCGCAGCUGCAGUGGCUGAACCUCGAAAUGAACAACCUGACAGGUACCAUCCCGGCCUCCAUCAGGAACUUGUCUAUGCUCUCCAUCCUUGACGUAUCCUUCAACUCACUGACCGGACCUGUCCCGCGGAAACUGUUCGGGGAAUCCCUUACCGAGCUCUACAUCGACGAGAACAAGCUCAGCGGAGACGUCGGUUUCAUGGCCGACCUGUCAGGCUGCAGGAGCCUCAAAUACAUCGUCAUGAACAGCAAUUCCUUCGCCGGUAGCUUCCCAAGCUCUACGCUGGCCAACCUCUCCUCCCUCCAGAUCUUCCGGGCGUUUGAGAACCAAAUAACCGGGCACAUCCCAAACAUGCCGAGCAGCGUCUCGUUCGUUGAUCUCCGCGACAACCGAUUAAACGGGGAAAUCCCGCAAUCCAUCACGGAACUGAGGAACCUCAGAGGCCUUGACCUGUCUAGCAACAGGUUGUCUGGAACUAUCCCCGCACACAUCGGGAAACUGACAGAGCUGUUUGGCUUGGGCCUGGCCAACAACGAGCUCCAUGGCCCCAUACCAGACAGCAUCGGGAACCUGAGCAACCUACAGGUGUUAGAGCUAUCAAACAACCACCUCACCUCAGUGAUACCCCCGGGGCUAUGGGGUCUCGAGAACAUUGUGGGUCUUGACCUGUCUCGCAACGCCCUGCGUGGCUCGUUCCCGCCGGAAGGUACUGAAAUUCUGAAGGCGAUAACGUUUAUGGACCUUUCUUCCAACCAACUCCACGGCAAAAUACCACCUUCGCUGGGAGCGCUCAGUACACUGACCUACCUGAAUCUAUCGAAGAACCUGCUCCAGGAUCGUGUCCCAAGUGCACUUGGCAACAAGCUAAGUAGCAUGAAAACGUUGGAUCUCUCGUACAACUCUCUGUCUGGCACGAUUCCAGAGUCCCUCGCCAAUCUCAGCUACCUCACAAGCUUGAAUCUCUCUUUCAAUAGACUGCAUGGACGAGUCCCAGAGGGCGGCGUGUUCUCAAACAUCACGCUGCAGUCACUGGAAGGGAACGCUGCACUGUGUGGCCUGCCACGCCUUGGGCUCCCACGCUGCCCAACCGAUGAGUUCGACGACGACCACCGGCACCGAUCUGGUGUCCUCAAAAUCGUACUUCCGAGUGCUGCAGCAGCCAUUGUAGUAGGAGCUUGCCUGUUCAUCCUGGUCAGAGCCAGAGCUCACGUCAACAAGAGGGCAAAGAAGCUGCCGGUCGCCGCUAGCGAGGAGGCAAACAACCGCAAGACGGUCUCCUACUUGGAGCUUGCGCGCGCCACAAACGGUUUCGACGACGGUAACCUGCUAGGAGCCGGAAGCUUUGGCAAGGUGUUCAGAGGCGUGCUGGACGACGGGCAGACCGUCGCGGUAAAGGUCCUGGACAUGGAGCUGGAGAGGGCCACCGUGAGCUUCGAUGCCGAGUGCCGUGCGCUCCGUAUGGCUCGGCACCGGAACCUGGUCAGGAUCCUCACCGCUUGCUCCAACCUGGACUUCAGGGCGCUGGUGCUCCCGUACAUGCCGAACGGGAGCCUAGACGAGUGGCUGCUCUGUAGGGACCGCCGCGGGCUGUCCUUGUCCCGAAGGGUGAGCAUCAUGUCGGACGUGGCUCUGGCGGUGGCUUACCUUCACCACGAGCACUUCGAGGUGGUCCUGCACUGCGACCUCAAGCCGAGCAACGUGCUGCUUGAUCAGGAUAUGACGGCUUGUGUGGCCGACUUCGGCAUUGCAAGGCUGCUUCCCGGCGAUGACACUUCCGUGGUUUCGAGGAACAUGCAGGGAACGAUUGGUUACAUGGCACCAGAGUACGCUUCAACCGGUAAAGCGUCAAGGAAGAGCGACGUUUUCAGCUACGGGGUAAUGCUUCUCGAAGUCGUCACUGGGAAGAAGCCCACCGACGCCAUGUUCAGCGAGGAGCUAAGCCUGAGAGAGUGGGUCAGGCAGGCUAUUCCAUCAGGACUCGCUCAUGUCGUGGACCAUAGCAUCCUUCUUGUAGACGAGGAGGCAACAAGCAGUGGGGAUGUCCUGCGUGCCGACUGGAGCUGCCUAGCGCAGAUGCUGAACUUGGGUUUACAGUGCUCGUGUGACUUGCCUGAGGAUAGGGUGUCGAUGAAGGAUGUGGCUGACGAGCUCGCACGGAUCAAGAAGAGUUUACUAUGCUCCAGCUGAUUUUGGAUGCAACUGAACGCAGCAAAGUAUGCAUGGCGAUUGGAGCAGGCGACUUCUAAAUAAUAAAGAGAACCCGUAGCUUCUGCGUGGUGACCAAGCACGUUUGUGUCUGUUCGUCUGUGUCGAUAUGGCUGUUGUUGGCUGGGCUGGAGGCUAGUAGAGCACUAGAGCCUGGACCCUGGAGCCAAUGCAUUGUUUGUUUGCUUGC